GUCAGAUAGUUCAGUCACUGCCAUCAUGAGGACGAACAUCUGCUACCUCCUGGCUUUUGCUCUGCAGACUAUCACUGCAGAUUUAAUUUAUGACGUAGCUGAGGAGAAGAAGCACAUCACUCUACGUUGUCCACACUCUGGGAAGGGUAAAGUGACAUGGAGCAGAGAGAAUCCUGGAUCUAAAGUUGACAUACUUACAUGUGAUGGUGAUAAAACCAUAAAACAUAUAAAGGACCCACAGAAACAUUACAGUACAACAGCAGACAAGUCACUGUUCAUUUUCAGAAUUAAUGUCUCAGACUCUGGAAGAUACUUAUGUAAUAAUCAACCAGCUGUGGAGCUGACAGUGAUCCCAUCAGGAAUAGAGAUACAGAACGUUACAGAAAGGAGUAAAAUUUCUCUGAAAUGUCCUCCUGAUGUUGAAGGAUCACACGAUCCAACAUGGAGCAGAGAAAUCGCUGGAAAACAACGACAAAUAAGUCGACAUGUUUCCGCUGUGGACAAGACACUGACUAUAAGAAAUGUUGAGCGUGAUGACUUUGGACUGUACUUCUGUGAUGGAAAACCAGUUAUUUAUUUAAAUGUGACCAAAAAUGAGAAGUCAGAUGAAGAGUUAAUUUAUGACGUAGCUGAGGAGAAGAAACAAAUCACUCUACAUUGUCCUCACUCUGGGAAGGGUAGCGUGACAUGGAGCAGAGAGAAUCCUGGACCUAAAGUUGACAUACUUACACAUGUUGAUGACAAAACCAUAAAACAUAUAAAGGACCCACAGAAGCAUUACAGUACAUUAAUAGACAAGUCACUGUUCAUUUUCCGAAUUAAUGUCUCAGACUCUGGAAGAUACUUGUGUAAUAAUCAACCAGCUGUGGAGCUGACAGUGAUCCCAUCAGGAAUAAAGAUACAGAACGUUAAAGAAAGGAGUAACAUUUCUCUGAAAUGUCCUCCUGAUGUUGAAGGAUCACACGAUCCAACAUGGAGCAGAGAAAUCGCUGGAAAACAACAACAAAUAAGUCGACAUGUUUCCACUGUGGACAAGACACUGACUAUAAGAAAUGUUGAGCGUGAUGACUUCGGACUGUACUUCUGUGAUGGAAAACCAGUUAUUUAUUUAAAUGUGACCAAAAAUGAGAAAUCAGAUGAAGAUUUAAUUUAUGACGUAGCUGAGGAGAAGAAGCACAUCACUCUACGUUGUCCUCACUCUGGGAAGGGUAACGUGACAUGGAGCAGAGAGAAUCCUGGACCUAAAGUUGACAUACUUACAUGUGAUGGUGACAAAACCAUGAAACAUAUAAAGGACCCACAGAAACAUUACGGUACAUUAGCAGACAAGUCACUGUUAAUUAUCAGAGUUAAUGUCUCAGACUCUGGAAGAUACUUGUGUAAUAAUCAACCAGCUGUGGAGCUGACAGUGAUCCCAUCAGGAAUAAAGAUACAGAACGUUACAGAAAGGAGUAAAAUGUCUCUGAAAUGUCCUCCUGAUGUUGAAGGAUCACACGAUCCAACAUGGAGCAGAGAAAUCGCUGGAAAACAACAACAAAUAAGUCGACAUGUUUCCACUGUGAACAAGACACUGACUAUAAGAAAUGUUGAGCGUGGUGACUUUGGACUGUACUUCUGUGAUGGAAAACCAGUUAUUUAUUUAAAUGUGACCAAAAAUGAGAAAUCAGAUGAAGACAGCCACCUUCUUCAUAUUUCCCUGGUUGGAAUAAGUUGUCUUAUCUGCUUGAUCAUCAUCAUCAUCAUCAUCUACUUUAUCCGCAGGCGCAUAUUUAAAUCACGAGAAACGAAAAUGCAAUACCACAUCUAUGAUGAGAUACAGGAAGCGGAAAGACUUCAGCUUGCAAAUGCAGGUAUUAUACCCUCUGUUGAACAAGAUUCUGUGUACUGCCUGGCCAGUUUGUCAGGUGCAUCAAAAGAAACAUACUCCACCAUCACUGGUCUGAAAACCCGUAACUCCUGAGCUGUUAUUAGCAUUCACAAUAGUAGUUUACUUAAUUGUUCUGAAUAAAUGUUUAUGCAUGCAUUCAACAUAUGUAGUUUCUUCCCACAGAAGAAGUUGACAUAUUCGCUGACUGGUGCUACGUUUGCAUUUGGAAAUAAUAAAGAUAUUUUUAAUUAUU